UUAAGAACAUGAGCCUCAGCUCUCGAGAAUACUGCGGCAGCUAACAAGAACAAGUCAACAGGACAAGUUAGACUAACCCGAAAGAACAGAUAACUGCACAAGCAAGAUGAAGGUAUCCCUGGCAAAUCUGCUGUGCAUCACAGUCUUGGCGAGUUCUGGAACAAGCUUUCCACUGGAGAGGAGGGGAGCUGCUGGCAAAGAGAAGAAAGUUCAGUAUGCCGCUUGGGAUGAUGUAAAUGUCCUUGCGCAUGGCUUGCUGCAGCUAGGUCAGGGUCUGAAAGAGCACGUAGACAAGACCAAAGGCCAGAUGAGGGACAUCACAGUCAGGAUGAAAGUCUUCAACACGACCGUAUCUGAGCUCGGCAAGCUGACCCAGAGGCUGCUUGAAGACAGCGAAGCACUGAAAGCAAAAGCCCAGAACCUGGAAGAACGUGAGAAUCUGGUCCUAAACGUGUCCGUGGAGCUGCAGGAGAAAACGGAAGAACUGAUCAGAGACAGAAAGAGGGACCAUGAGAGGAUGAAUAAGCUGGAAGAAAAAGUAAAUGGCAUGAUGCAAGGAGAAGGUCUGGAGGCUAGCAACGGCAACAACAGUGAUGUCCGGAACAUUCAGUGGAUGCUGGAAGCGCAAAAUAAGCGCAUCGAUGAGCUGGUUGAGCGCAUUAAGCAACAGCAAGAAAAACUGGACAAACAAAACAUUCGCAUUCGGACUCUUCAAAACCAGAUUCAAAUAAAAAACGAGCAAGCUUUUCUUAAACGUAAGGAGGAUGACGGUCUCAACACGAGUUCUGAACAGCGAGAUUCACCUGUUGCGGCAGCCUCAGACUGUCAUGAGUUGUUUCUGCGGGGUCAUACUACAAGCGGAUUUUACACCAUCCAGCCAUCUGAAUCUCAGCCCUUUGAGGUCUACUGUGAAAUGACACCCGAGGGUGGAUGGACUGUCAUCCAGAGACGGCAUGAUGGAUCGGUAGACUUUGAUCAACUGUGGCAGGCCUAUGAGACUGGCUUUGGAAACCUGAAUGGCGAGUUCUGGCUCGGUCUGGAGAAGAUCCACUCUAUGUCCAAAGCUGGCAACUACAUCCUAAAAGUGCAGUUUUCUGACUGGAGAGAUGAUAUUCAGAGCAUCACGUACGCCUUCCGUCUGAACGGCCAAGAGAACAACUAUUCUCUGCACGUUCUGGAGCGGACUGCUGGGAACCUGGAGAGCUCCCUGUCAAGCGAAGGGUCCGGUGUGCCCUUCUCCACCCGCGAUAAAGACAAUGACCAGAAGAAUGACCUCAACUGUGCCAAGCAGCUGUCAGGUGGUUGGUGGUUUAGCAACUGUGGCCGCUCGAACUUGAACGGGAGGUAUUUUGUAACCCCUGCACCGAAGCAAAGGCAUCAGAGAAAACAAGGAGUGUUCUGGAAAACCUGGCGUGGUCGCUAUUACCCGCUGAAAACUACCACCAUGAUGAUCGCGCCCGCUGAGAUCGAGAACAAGUCCUAGAGGACACGAACCCAUCACGUGAAAGACACGAACCAACGGGCGGGGAAAACUGCCGUUCUUAACCUGUCAAAAUAAGUGGUGUUGAAAAGGUUUAAAGCUCAUAUAGGAGUGUCUACCAAUCUUCAGAUUGUUGAUGAAUGUCUAGCAAGAUUGGUGGACACUCAAAUCCCAGUCUGAGUAAAAAUGGGCUAGGGUGUCAAAUCAGAUGGAGAAGAACUAAAUGUGCCUCGGGCCCUGCAAGAAGAAGCAUGUUUUAUAUGAUGUAGGCCACUGUAAAGAUCUGCUACUUGUUGCGGCAGAUCUAAUAGGGAGGUAGAAAGUGUGCUGAUACUUUAGCACCAUCGCAGCACUAAAUAAAAGUGCUUGAGCGAAACAUAAGGACCAAAUAAGCUAAAUAAGCUUGAGCCAGUACUUUUAAAAUGCAUAUUGUAAAGUCACUGUUUAUGUUAUGUUACGUCGAGGCAUUAUCUACAGACAAAGAUGCAUCCCAAGGUUUGCUGAGCAUUGAACGAUUUGUUACCCGUCAGUCAUUUUCGUUUGUAAAUUAUUUUCCGGGAUCCGUUCUCUCUUUCAAAAGCUGUACUUGUGUACUUUCCUGUUUUGAAAUCAAAGGAGUUCCUAAGGAGAUAUUUUUUCUCAGUCACAUUGACUGCCUUUAAACUUUUAGAACUGUUACUUCUAUGUACAUAACAUGUAUGCAUAUCCUUAGUAGCAUUGCGGCUGUAUUCUUGCCACCCUUGAAUGUUUAUGCUCUGAAUUCUACUUUAUUUAAAUGUUGUACAAAUCUUUAUGUAUUCUCUCGCUUAUAAUUUAUGUUUCGCAUAACGCAAAACGUUUUGUUAUUGUUUUUAUAUAAGUGUUUGGUCUUGAAGAGACCAAUAAAGAUUAAUUUUAUUUUACAAAGUC